UGGCUCAGAGAGGCUGUCUGUCACUUACAGACUGGAGCUACUGUAAACAGUUCAUGUUGCUCUGGACUAGUGGAGACACUGAACACUAUGAGGUGAGAGCAAAGACCUUUACCUAGCCUUUCUGCUAGGGUUAUUCUGACCUGGUGGAGUGGAGCAUGGGAAAGAGCAAGUGAGAACGAAGAUUUAGAGAAAGAGAGAGGUAUUGAAAAGGAGAGGAAGGGUAAAGAGAGGGAGAAGGUUGAAGAAAGAGAGCAAAAGAAGGCGAGAGAGAGAGAGAGAGAGAGAGGAGAGAGAGAGGAGAGAGAGCUCACCUGGAGGACAGGUAAAGGAAUAGCUAAGAUCAUAUUGAAGAGGAGCGUGACCGUGUGGAAGACUUCCUAGCACCGGAGAGACAUAUCUGGGAGAUGACAUAUCUGCUGGGAGCCCACAGUAAAUAAUAAUGGAGCCACAGAGAGACAAUUCCAUACCUAUCUCCUCACUGUAACAUAGCGAGACAGCCACUAAACCAACAAAAUGGAUGUUGAGGACCUCCAGAUCCAAAACUCAACAUUUGAUGGCAACACAUCAGACAUUCAGCCUGUCCCACACAACCUAUGGGAGGUCAUCACCAUAGCGACCAUAUCGGCCAUCGUCAGCCUUAUAACAGUCGUAGGCAAUGUUCUGGUGAUGCUGUCGUUCAAGGUCAACAGUCAACUAAAGACAGUCAACAACUACUACCUUCUCAGCUUAGCCUUCGCUGACCUCAUAAUAGGAGCCCUGUCCAUGAACUUAUACACCUCAUACAUCCUAAUGGGCUAUUGGUCCUUAGGGAACCUAGCCUGUGACCUCUGGUUAGCCCUGGAUUAUGUGGCCAGCAAUGCCUCCGUUAUGAACUUGUUAGUCAUCAGUUUCGACAGGUACUUCUCCAUCACAAGGCCGUUGACCUAUAGAGCCAAGAGGACGCCGAAGAGAGCGGCUAUUAUGAUUGGCUUAGCGUGGUUGGUGUCGUUUGUCCUCUGGGCACCGCCUAUCCUGUGCUGGCAGUACUUUGCGGGAGAGAGGACGGUCCCGGCAGACCAGUGCCAGAUCCAGUUCUUCUCCGAGCCGGUGAUCACGUUCGGCACGGCCAUCGCAGCGUUCUACAUCCCCGUCUCCAUCAUGACCCUCCUCUACAGUAGGAUCUACAAGGAGACAGAGAAACGCACCAAGGACCUGGCUGAGCUGCAGGGUCUCACCACAUCUGGUCACCCAGAGACUGUUAAUAAACCCCAGAAAACAGUUCUGCUACAGUCCUGUUUUGGCUCCAGUAUCGACAGGAGGGACAGGAGGAACCAGGCCUCAUGGUCCUCGUCCAACCAGAGCAACGUCACCAAGACCACGACCCGGUCGGACGAGCUGGCCUGGGCCCAUGCUGACCAGAUCACCUCCUUUAACAGCUACACCUCGUCCGAGGAGGAGGAGACUCGCCAUCCUGUUUCCGUGGCAACCUCUCAGGGGACAAUCAAAGGUCAAGUUCAAAGUCAGACAGAGAAAGGACAGACGGCCGCCGAUUACGGUGAUAACGAAGAAGGCGAGUAUUUCCAGACCGCCACUCCACCGCUGAAAAAACUCAGCAAGAAGGGAAUAUCUUACAAGUUCAAAUGGGUCUCUAAGGAUACCAGCAGCCCUCCUCAGAAUGACAAAAUCACCAACAACACAGACCUCAAAACAGCUCCUCCACGUCCCUCUGAGUCUGACCAGAUAGGUCAGAACCACCACCAGAACUCCUCUCCAUCAUCCCCCACCAUCACCACCACCACCCCCAAGCCCAUGGACCCCUCCCUGAAGAGCCAGAUCACCAAGAGGAAGAGGAUGGUCCUCAUCAAGGAGAAGAAAGCUGCUCAGACCCUCAGUGCCAUCCUCCUGGCCUUCAUCCUAACAUGGACUCCGUACAACAUCAUGGUGCUCAUCUCCACCUUCUGUUCUGACUGCAUCCCUGUGUCUCUCUGGCACCUGGGCUAUUGGCUCUGCUAUGUCAACAGCACCAUCAACCCCAUGUGUUACGCGUUGUGUAAUGAGACCUUUCAGAAGACCUUUAAGAUGCUGUUGAUGUGUCGGUGGAGGAAGAAGAGAGGGGAGGAUAAGCUGUACUGGUGCGGACAGAACCCGGCCAUCAACAGCAAGGUGACAUGAUG